AUUAUUAUGCAGCACAAAUUGUGUGUGGAUUAGUCCACGAGUGGAUGCACAUGUGUCAGCUGUCCCACAACUUUUCUGGGCUAAACAGCAGAGAGCGCCACGAAUGUCGGACGCCAAAUACGAAAGCCAUUGGCAAACUUGGCUAAAACGUAUUUAACCCAAAACACAGAAAAAUAAAAGCGCACACAACUGGAGCAGGAAUAGGAAAGAGGACAACGAACACAACGAGGCACAGACAGAGAGAGAGAGAGAGAAGAGUUAGAAAGAGACAACUAAAGGGAGUAAUGAGCAGACGACGGUCCUCGUCAUCGUCGUCGUCGUCGUCGUUGGCCAUGGCAAUUACCAUGUCGCCGCUGCUGGCCGCACUUUUGCUGCUGUUGCUGCAGCUCGUGCUGCCAACAAAUGGCCUGGCAAAUUGUCCAAAUGGCUGUGAAUGCGAUGACGAAACACUGAUGGUCAACUGCGGUGUCGGCAGCCUCGAUGUGCUGCCCAUUGCACUCAACCCCUCCAUUCAACGACUGGUUAUCAAGAACAACAAACUGAAGACCAUCGACUCAUCGAUGCAGUUCUAUUCGCAGCUGCAAUUCCUCGAUUUGUCCUACAACGACAUGGUCACCAUCCCCGAGCGUUCCUUCACCUAUCACGCCAAGCUGCAGCAGCUGCAUCUCAAUCACAAUAAGAUUGGGCAGGUUAGCAAUAAAACCUUUACGGGUCUCAGCACAAUUAGCGUGCUCAAUUUGCGUGGCAAUCUGAUUGCGGAGCUCGAGUAUCGCACCUUCUCCCCCAUGGUCAAGCUGGAGGAGUUGAACCUCGGACAGAAUCGCAUCAGUCACAUUGAUCCGCAUGCUUUGGAUGAUUUGGUCAAUCUGCGUGUUCUCUAUCUGGAUGACAAUACGCUGACCACUGUGCCAUCUGAGCUCACUUUCCAGGCGCUGCACAGUCUGGCGGAGCUUUAUCUGGGCACCAACUCUUUUAUGACCAUACCGGGAGGAGCCUUUAAGGAUUUGAAGGGUUUAACCCGACUGGAUUUGCGUGGCGCAGGAUUGCACAACAUUUCAGGCGAAGCACUGAAAGGUUUAGAAGGUGUGAGGUAUCUCGAUUUGUCGGACAAUCGACUGCAAACGGUGCCCACAGCUGCGCUGCAGCACUUGGCGCGUCUCGAGGAACUUUCGCUGGGUCAAAACGACUUUGAGCUGAUCCCUGCCGGCGCCUUUGCCGGACUGCGUGAGCUGCGUCAACUGGAGAUCACCGGAGCACAACGUUUGCGUCGCGUGGAGAGCGGCGCCUUUGCAGCGAAUACGAAUCUGCAGCACUUGAAUCUCUCGGCCAACAAACAGCUGAGCGAAUUGCAGGCGCAUGUUUUGGGCGGUUUUCCUCAUCUGCGCACUGUGGUGCUCAAGGAGAAUCAGCUGAGCACGCUCUCAGAGAGUCUGUUCCCCUGGUCGGAUCUGCAGACACUCGAUCUCUCGGAGAAUCCCUUCGUCUGCGAUUGCCAGCUGAUGUGGCUGCGCAAUUUGCUCAUCAGUCGCAACGACAGCAAUCAAUAUGCGCCAGUUAUUUGCGCCUAUCCAGCGAACCUACGCGAAAUGCCACUCACACAGCUCGCAGAGCCGCUGCUGGGCUGCACUCAUGGAGCAGCGAAUAAACAAGCCAUCAUUGGCAUCAUGGUUGUGGGUUGUGCAGCUCUCAUCACAACGCUCGCAUUGGUUAUCUACACGUGUCGGCGGCGUAUACGUGAUAUGCUGAAGGGACAUUCGGCGCUGGGUCGCAAGGAGCGCGAGUAUCAAAAGACCUUCUCGGAUGAGGAGUACAUGACACGACCGCCGCCUGGAGCAGCUGCUGGUGGCGUCUGUGGUGGCGUGCAUCCAGCAUCGGGUUACCCAUGUGCCAGCAGCUACAACUCGCAAUAUUUGGGCAGCCGGCCGAUUCCAGUCACCGAGCUAUAGCUAGAAGCUCCACCCCCACCUCAGCUGCGGGGUCGGGGUGGUGUCACACUCCCCUCCUCCUCCUCCACCUCCACCUCCAAUGCCACAACCGAAACAGCCGCGCUGCAGCAACUGCAAGUGCCCAGCAGUGCCAUGGAUGCACAUGCUCCGUUCGCCCAACUCAGUCACAUUCAUUACAUGACCAACAACAAUGCCACAGCACCAACAUCAACAACGACACCGCGUUCGCAUCACUCGCAGCAGGACAUGCGACUGCUGGCCAAUGGCAAAUCGAUCGGCUUGAAUGCCUCGUUGCCUCGCCACAUGGCUGGAAUGCCGCGUCAGUGUCCGGGCGCCGUGCAGGAGAGCACGCUGUCGCAUUACAGUCAGCCGAUGGGCAAUGGACAUGCCGGCAUUCGACUCACCCAGGAUCACUUCAAUCACAAUGGCAGCAACGGGGGCGUGGCUGUCUAUGCCAAGCCCUGCGAUGCCAUGGCUGAGGCUGGAUACAUACACAAUAAUUCGCAUUAUUCGCUGCCUCUUGAUCACGAUAUGCCACCGAGUCCCACGCCCACGCCUCCGCCUCCAGCUUUGCCGUUGCGCAAUGGACUCGGUGGCCUGGCCUUGGUGCAUGGCAAUACCACGGGCAGACGCUCGUUCAACAACAACAACAAUGUGGCCACGCUCUCCAACAACAAUCACAACGGUGUGUUGAUCAACGGCAACGGCGGCGGCGGCUGCAGCAACAACAACAACGGGAGUCUGCGUCGCUAUCACUGAUAUACGCUAAAGUCGUGUGGCACGCUGGGUCGCACCAAGCCGCAGUUGCAACAACACAGCGCGGACAUUGAGUUGUAUCACUUUUACAAGGGCUGAUGCUGAGACUGAGACGAGGAUACGAAGACAGAGACGGAGAGAUGGAGAGACGGAGAGAGAUCGGCUCGCAUUGUGUUAAUUAAUUAAUUAUGGUAUAUUUAUAUAAAUUGUAUAUUUAGUUAAACCUUUAUGCUUAUUCAGGCGCAAGCAUUUUGUAUAAAUUAGCAUUUAGUUCAACCACAAAUAAAUACACAAAACGAAUCAAAUCUGAAUGAAAUGCGUAUACGUACAGUUUGACACGCACAAUGCAGAGUUUGACAUUCACAGUUUGGCAGUCACCACGCUGCAUUGUGCCUGUUGUACGUUUUGUUUCGCAUCCAGUGAUCUUAACUAUUAAGUUUUGCUUAAAGUUUUCAAUUCCUGUAAAUAAUUCGAUUCUAUACAAACAUAAAAUACAAAAGAAAUUCAGCAAAAAAAUCCAAACAAAAAAAACUACUAAAAUUGUAUACAAUUAAUUUACGCUUUUAAGCACAAGUCAUUAAAAAUAUAUAUACAUGUAUUUAGUAUAAAAUAUUGCAAAAUCUAUACAGAAAAAAAUGAAUAAAAUCUGCAAAAAAAAAACACAA